AAAAAAUGCAAAAGGAUCCAAGAAAAAAAUCCUUCAGAGAUAUAUGAAUAAUUACUUAUUAGUCUACCCUAUAGCUAUAAUUUUAUUUUUUGCUACUGUCAUGAGUUUUACUUGUACUCCGUUUUUCACAGAGCGCCAAUUUCCCAUGCCAUUUUAUUAUUUAUCUGAAAUUGAAAAAUACUCUUUUAGCUAUUAUUUAGUUUUUAUAUGGCAUUUUUGGAUAAUGAGUCAAUCAUUAGUGACAUUAUUCUUGUGUUUUGGAAUUCCUAUUUUGAUCAGUAUGAUUUCGACAAAAUUAGAUAUACUGGCACUACGACUAAAAAAUAUUAAAAAUGAAAAUCAACUGAAGGUGUGGAUUCAAAAACAUCAAAAAUGUAUUGGCCAUGCCAAAAAUAUCAACCGUAUAUUACGUUUUUUGGUAUUCAAACUGUAUGUAGCUGGAAUGAUGACAGUAAUUUUUGGAGCUCUCCCAAUUUUAUAUUAUAAUAGCACUAUUGAACUUAUUCGAGCUACUUUAUAUGUUGGAGUCAGUUUGUUAUUAGUCUACGUGGUAGUUUGGGGAGCAGAUGAUAUGAAUAGAGCUAGUUCAAAAAUAUCUCAGGAAAUAUUUAAUAAUUCAGAUUGGACGAAUAUGUCAACAUUAAUAAGAAAAUCGAUGAUAAUUAUUAUGUGCAGAGCUCAAAAACAACUUGACAUAUCUAUACCUGGGGUUCUUCCUGCUCUUACUUUACAUUUUUAUGCAAAGUUUUUGUCAUACGCUCUAUCUUAUAUUAUGACAUUACGAGCUGUAUUGUUAUAAAAAUGAGGAAACAAAAGUUUUCUAGUAUAGCAAUAUUUUUAAUAUAAGAAGUAAAUUAUAAACAGUAAUAAGUAUAAAAU